UUCUUUCCCUCCCUCGCGGAGCGCAGCCCCUUCGCCCUGCCCGGGGCGGAUGCAAAGCCACGGGAGCUGAAGUGGGCGGGGCUCAUCCCGGAAGCCUUGGCCCCGCCCUCCCUUGCAGGAUUCCCCGGGCAGCUUCGGUUGGGCGUUGCUUCGUGGGAGCUGUUUCCAACAGGAUGAGGCUUGUAAUCCUAGAAAAUUACGAUUUGGCGAGCGAAUGGGCUGCAAAAUACAUCUGUAACCGCAUCGUUCAGUUCAAGCCUAACCGAAGCCGAUAUUUCACCCUUGGCUUACCGACAGGAAGCACACCCUUAGGAUGCUAUCAGAAGCUGAUAGACUAUCACAAAAAGGGAGACCUCUCUUUUAAAUAUGUGAAGACGUUCAACAUGGAUGAAUACGUAGGGCUUCCGAGGAGUCAUCCAGAGAGCUACCAUUCUUAUAUGUGGAAUAACUUUUUUAAGCAUAUUGAUAUAGAUCCAAACAACGCUCAUAUUCUUGACGGGAACACGCCGGAUCUGAAAGCCGAGUGUGACGCCUUUGAAAAGAAAAUAGAAGAAGCUGGAGGGAUAGAGCUGUUUGUUGGAGGCAUUGGCCCAGACGGUCAUAUCGCUUUCAACGAACCCGGAUCCAGUUUGGUGUCGAGAACAAGAUUGAAAACGCUGGCCAUGGACACCAUUCUGGCGAAUGCCAAAUACUUUGAUGGCAAUUUAUCUAAAGUUCCAACUAUGGCUUUAACAGUUGGCGUGGGAACGGUCAUGGACGCCCGGGAAGUCAUGAUCCUGAUCACGGGGGCACACAAAGCCUUCGCCUUAUACAAGGCAAUCGAAGAAGGGGUCAACCACAUGUGGACCGUUUCCGCCUUCCAGCAACACCCCCACACUAUCUUCGUGUGCGACGAAGACGCCACUUUAGAACUCCGAGUUAAAACGGUGAAGUAUUUUAAAGGUUUAAUGCACGUGCACAACAAGCUGGUGGAACCUCUACGUAGCAUGAAAGAGCAAAAUUGAUGGACAGAAUCACACCGGCGUCAUUGCGGGGUGGAACCUGGCAGUGUGUUUUGGGGACCCCCCUACUGCUAGACACACUGGUGAACAUUGGCUAAAACCGAGCAGCUUUUGAAACCCGGGUUUGUGGUUCGUUUUCUUCGCGGUCCAAAAUGCGUCUGUAACAUUCCUUUUAAUGCUGUCGAAAGCCUUUUUUUGUCUCCCCCCCCCACUUUUGCAUAUUUACAGGGUCCGAAACGAUGCAACCGGUCAGGGGAAAGAGGUGAAGCUCAAACCUACUGCCAGGGGGUUUCUGGAGUAUAUAUAUAUAUAUAUAUAAAAAGACCCCGAGGAAAGCUACACCAGGGCCCGGUUUCAAUACCCGUCGCUACCGGUUCGCUCGUUGGCACACAUGCACUUGCGCGCGAUGAUUGUGUGCAUGAGCCAAAGCGUCCGGUGGUGGAGCCUCCUGCCGCUACCGAUUCACCCGAACCGGGCCAAACCGGUAGCAACCCACCACUGAGCUGCACCAGUAGAUUUCCCUUCCAUCUUUUUUAUUAUUAUUACGCGGGAAGGGGGCUUUGGAAGGGGGGCUUCAAUAACCUUAUUAUGGCCAUCUGGACUUUUUUUCUGCCUCGGUGACUGGAAUAGGAACACUUCUUUGCUGCUUUAGAUCUUGGCCUCUGGAUUGUAACGGAGAAGCAGAGACUUUACAAUCAGAUGUUUUUACACCCACGUCUCAGCAAUUCGUUGACUUCAAACCUACCCCAUCCUCCCUGGGAAUAGGGUGAGGGAAGAGUAUGAGCGGAGUAUCUGUCUUGUAAGCAAUCGUACUUUUUUGGAAAGUUUCUGAAGAGACAGCCUGUGUUCUGCUCCAUCCAUCCAUCCAUCCAUCCAUCCAUCCAUCCAUCAUCCAUCCAUCCUUUUCUUCUUUCUCAUCUUUUUUUUUCUUUUCUCUCCCUUCUUUUCCUUCCUUUCCUCCCUUUUUUCCUUUUUUCUUCCUUUCCUUUCUCCCUUGUCUUUUCCUUCCUUCCUCUCCCUUUCCUUUAUCUCCCUUUUCCCCUUUUCCUCCCUCCCUUCCCUUUCUCUUUCACUUUCCCCCUCUUUUUUUCUCCCUCCCUCCCUUUCAUUUUCCCCCUUUUUUCUCCCUCCCUUCCUCCACUUUUUCUUUCUCUUUCACUUUUCCCCUCCCUUUCUUUUUGUCAGGUUUCGAUGGCGUCUCAAAUAAAUUGCAUUUCCAAACAAAUAGUCUUUGAUGAAAUCUUUCAUUUAUUAAGCACGACAAUCUGUCCCCAAUUAUGUUGUACCCAACACUGACUUCCUGACCCCAAACCUUCUCUUUCCGUUCCCCAAUUCUCUGCGUCUCAUUGGCCAUCUUCCAAAUCACUCUCCCCAUAUCUACUACUUCAGCUCCCAGGAAUGUCCUCCCUCCCAACCCAUCUCCUAGGGGAUAUUAUCUUCAGGGAAAAUAAGUAGGUGAAAAGUCAAGCGUCCUCUUGCCAGCUGCCCCCUCUUCUCCUCAUGUCAGCACUGGAACGAAUGUAGUUUGAAGUGCUGACACUUUUUCUCCCUCCCUCCCUCUCCUCCCCUCCUCUUUCCUUCUUUCUCUCUUUUCUUUCCAUCUUAAAUAUAUCUUAAAUGGAUAUUUAUUUCUGCCACAACACUCAUAUGAAGGAUGGGGAGGGGUGCGUUAGAGAACAUUUGAACAUUUUGCAAUGUUAUUCUUGCCAGAAAUGGGCAAUGAAAUGUGUAUAUUUUGAACGCUAGUGCAACUGUUAAAAUCUCCUAAACCCAUGCUCCUUAUGAAUUUAGCAAAAAGUAAAGAGGCAUAUUACUCUCA